AUGACAGGGACAACAGAUAUUCUUAAUCACGAAAUUCUGAAGUCUCACUGUAUAAUUAACCAAGAAGCAUUUUGUGCCUAAACAUUUUCGGUGGAAAUAGUUGAGGUUAGGUGAGGUGUUGAAACGUUUUGCUUUGUAGUUGAAUGAAAUAAGUACAAUCUUAAAUGGAAAAAGCAUCAAUCACCCUGGAUUAAAGACAAAUAGUUGCAAAAAUUUAAUCUUAUGGUGGAUAUCACAGCGGAAUUGAAUGAACUAAAUCUAAAAUUACAAGGAGAGGGAAAUUCCAUAUAAAUAUAUGGCUACGAAAAUUAUCAAAUCCGGAGGGGCUGAGCCCGAUGUAUUUGAAACACAAGUCGCCCAAGCUCUGCUCGAGCUUGAAAUGAAUUCCGAUUUAAAAGCCCAGCUAAGGGAAUUGCAUAUUACAAAGGCAAGAGAGAUAGAUUUAAAUAACAAAAAAAGUGUUAUUAUUUACGUCCCUAUGCCUAAAUUGAAACAAUUCCAGAAGAUACAAACUAGAUUAGUGAGAGAAUUAGAAAAAAAAUUCAGUGGAAAACAUGUUGUAUUUGUUGGAGAACGUAAAAUUCUACCCAAACCUACAAGGAAAACUCGCGCUGCUAAUAAACAAAAAAGACCAAGAUCUCGUACUCUCACUUCUGUAUAUGAUGCUAUACUAGAAGAUCUUGUAUUCCCUGCUGAAAUUGUAGGUAAAAGAAUCCGUGUUAAAUUAGAUGGAUCGCAACUGACUAAGGUUCAUUUGGACAAGAACCAACAAACUACAAUUGAGCAUAAGGUCGACACUUUUGCUUCAGUUUACAAGAAACUUACUGGCAGAGAAGUAACUUUCGAAUUUCCAGAACCAUAUUUGUAAAAUGUCAGUUUAUUAAAUAAUUGAAAAUUC